AGAUUUUCUCCUUUUAUCGCUAAGUAGUGUCGGAAAAACGAUUCAAACCCGGUCAAAAAUUGUGUUAAUUUGUUAAGAAUGAAACGUGGAUCAUUUUGCUGGUGUUUGUAGCUACAAUUGGACAAUUUUAAAGGCAUAAAGUUGAUUUUGAAAAUGGGGUGAAAAGUUUUUCUUUUUUUUAAUGCUACGUUUGGGGCUUCGGGUUCAGUGGAAAAUAGAAAAAGAAGAUAGCCAUUGCUCUCAGAGUGAAGUACAUGAAAAGAGAGCGAAGGAUGUGGAAAGACAACGAAAUAGAAACUGAUUAGCAAAGUUUUGUCUUGCAAAAACAUUUUUAUUCGUUGUUAAUGUUAUGAAAAAAGUACUCUUGUGAAGUCUAUUAGCUUUUUUCUAAUAUUUUUGACCGAUGGUUGAUCAGUGUUUGCAUAAGAUAAGAAAUUCAAUGAAUGAAAGUUCGUGUUAGUGGUAGGAUUAGCUGGUGACGGAAGUUUUGUCAAGAUGGUGUCUGACACGGACUUAAAACUUUAGAUUCGAUAAUGAACAAAAAUAGAAGAGAAUAAGUGCUGUUGUACUCUGCGUUGUCAUAAAACGUUCUGCAGAUACAGUACUUGUACGUCAGUUGCGCCAUUCUCCCGUUGAACCGACUUCAAAGUCCGUCACCAGCACAGCAAAAACGUGAUUUUCUAGAAAACGCAAUUCAUUACUAAUGUUGAGAAGUUUGAUUUACUUCGAAAAGCUUGAAACAGCUGGAAAUGCAAUGUUCUGCUAUCAAACAACGAAUUUAGAACAAUACGUUUAAACUGAAACAUGUGUUACAUAUAUUUUGCAAAUCGAUUUUCUACACAGGAAAAGCACCGACAUCAGCAAAUGAGUCAGUCAGACGCAGCAAGUGAAACCGCUAGCAUUUUUUCAUUAAAUUGCUAAACGUGUUGUACGUCGCGACAAAAAACGGCAGAAUAAUCUGCUAAGUGAAAGUAGUGUUAAAAGUUAGGACAAGUCGUUGAUUGGUCGUCCGGUGUCCAACGUUUUUGCCACUUGAAAAAUGGACGCCUACUAUCGAUAUGAUCCGACUGCUCCGCGAGGUAUGGGGCCACCAGGCAAUGCGGGUGGCCCGUACGCACGGCAUAGGGCACCUCAUCCGAUGCAGCAGCAGCAAGCACAAUCUCAGUACCCCUCCUACCAGCCUGCCACGGCAGACAAUAUGUAUUCUAUGCCGGAUCACAACACCGGCAUGGCUGGUAUGAGUGAUGCACUGUGGGGUACUCAACCGCCGCCACCACCUCAGGCCAACCCUUAUGCUGCUCCGAUGGGCUAUGGUCAUCCCCAAGCACCGCAGCCGACGCAACGGCAGGCUCCUACUAGCUAUCGGCAGCACAUGACCGGCUAUCCUCAGCAGGAUUCAUCAAAGCUGCAGUACCCCACACAGCAAGCGAUGAUGAGUGGCAUGAUGCCACAGCAAGGUUACGGGUCGUUAAGCCAACCCCAGCAGCCAACUCAGCAGCAACAACAGCCGCAGCAACCCCAGCAGCAGCAACAGCAACGUGUUUCACAGCACUACCCGCAGGCUGGCCAUUCAAUGUAUCCAGGUGCACCGGUGGUUCAGCCCCAAUCUGCAACGGCUCAGGCUGGAUAUGCGUCAUAUGCCCCCACAAUGCAGCAGCAUGCCAGUCGAUCGAGCCAGCAUGUAUACACCCAACAUCAGCUCGAUCAAUCGGCUUAUGGACAGCAUAUGGGAGCCGGCCAGGUACCCACGAGUCAUCAUCAGAUGAGUACUCCACAGCAACAACCACCUGGUCAACUUCCACAGCACCCACCCCAGUCCCAUUUGCCAUUACCUGGCCAAUCUCCCCAAUCACAGCAACAAAUGCAUGCUAGCCAGAUGCAACCUGUUCAACAGCAGCAAAGUCAACAACCCACUCAUGGCAGUCAACCCACUCAUCCACAAAGUCAUCCGCAGCAACAUCCCGGGCUGGCGGGAUUGAGCCAGCAGCAAAGCCAACAGCUUGCGAAUCAACAUCCUGGCAUGAUUCAUUCGCAGCAACCGAACAGUGGAGGUUUGAUGCAUGGAAGCAGUGCUUUAGGUUCAGCAAUGUCACAACCUCAAGCAAGUCAGCAACCAGGAAGUCAUCACAGUACUAACACACUGGGUGGACAUCAAAUGUCUCACGCUGCACUGUCGAGUGUACCCGGUUAUGGUGCGAGUGCCCCACAGCAGCAAUCGUAUCUGCCGAACGCAACAAAGCAGCAACCACAGCAACAUGGUAGUAGUCCCCAGUAUCGGGCGCCUUUUCCCCAGUUGUCUCCACAAAUGUCGCCACGACCACCCCAAAUGUCUCCCCACACACAGAUGUCACCUCGGCCAGUAAUGUCACCCGCGAAACCACCGAGUAGUGUUACAUCGCAAGCACCCCAGACGACGCUUCCGACUACAAUGUCGCCUCAUCAGCAUAUAGCGAGUUCAGGUGGCAGUAUUCAAAGUCCGCGGCCGCAACAGUCUAUGCCUGUUACGAAAUUGACAACGUCUUCAGCCAGUGGUCCAGUCAACACUCUGCAAGCGCUCGAACAGAUGGUGAUGCCUCCGUCUGCCUCCGCCACUGGUUUAGAAUACUCGCAGGCUGCAGCUUAUCGAGGGCCACCGCAUCAGCAACAAAUGCAAAACAAUCCCCUGUCUCCGCUCGGACCACGACUGCCGAUGUCUCCACAGCACCAUCAGCAGUGGCCACCGAUGGUUCAGCGGCCAGGCAGUGGGGGAAUAAACGGAAACGCUCAUCACGGAUUGUCACAACAAUCUCCACAACAACAGCAGCAGCAGCUGGGCAAUCAGCAUUUGCCACCAAUGCAUUCUCAUGCACCGCAUUUACAUGUGUCACAAGCGUCCCAUCCACCUCCACCGCACGCUCAGCAGAUCUCACAGUUGAACGAUAUCUCCAGUCUUAUACCACCUGUGUCGCAAACGAUGUCUGUGAUACCGCCGACACAAGGCCCUCCAUCCGGGCUGCAGUACAGCAAUCUAGACGAUAAGAGCCUCGUGGAAUCAGUUCCACAGCCACAGCAAUCCCAACAGCAGCAAUCACAACCUGUACAUAGUCUGCAUCAGCCCCACCUGUCACAACCGCAACAACAACAACAACAACAGUCGCCACAACAACUUCCAUCGAUGCAUCAACCGCAUCAACACCCUCCCCAACAUCAGGCACAACAGCCGCCAAUGUUGACGCAGCUUCAACCCCCAAUGCAUCUGCAGCAGCUUCACUCACAGCAGCCACAGCAACCCUCUCAACAUCAGUCUCAUUUGUCAUCGUUACUACCAUCGAUGGCUCCCCAGCAACCACCUCAAACUCCUUCUGUUCCUUCCUCACAUUCGAUUUCUCAGCAGCUGCACUCUCCGUCAUUUAAUGACGAAAUGAUGAUGUCGCCAAGCGGCCAACCACAGCAGCAGCAUCAGCAACAACAACAACAACAGCAACAAGUUCAACAACACAUACCUAGUAUCCCCGCACCCAUACCUACAUCAGCUCCAUCACCAAUCGCACCACCAGCAGCGGUGCUACAUCAAAUACCAAUCUCACAAGCGUCGCAGAUGAAUGAUCUUCAAACGAUGCAAUCUUCUACAACAACGCCAUCCAUUCAUCAACCACAACAACCAAAAUCUCAUCAUAGCCAACCACCACAGCAACAUCAAAGCUUGGCUUCAUCGAUCGAGCUUCCACCUAUUUCAACACUUACGGUCGUCGAACCAACUGCCAACAGCGUAGAAAGCGUACCGCCACCCGCCAGUAUCGAGUCUCAACAACCGUCGACCGAUCUUAGCCUGAUCGAUAGUCUGACAUCGACUAACGCGAACGAAGCGCCAUCGAGUUUAGGUGCCGCUGGGUCGAUCCCCGAAUCAGCAAUCAGCGAAACUGAUAGUCUACAACAGCGGCACUCUGCUUCAGAACAGAACAGUAGCAACGAAGAAUCACGAGAUAGUAUAGUUCCAGCCCCUGCGGAGUCCAACACCGACGAGAGUAAGUCAUCGAGUUCAUUAAUGUCCGGUACAGAUUUCGAAAAUAUGAAUCAAACCAAUACCGGGACGAGUGGUUCAUUACUGAAUCCUGACACUGGAAUGGAUGAAACAAUUCGAGAAGGCCAAACACUUGCCUUGGACAGUAUCCCAACGGAACCGUGCGAAAAGCGGGAUGAUAUGUAUCAUUCGGACAAUUCGAAUCAAGCGCCAGCUAUUGAAGCUAAAAAGACUGAAGUUACAGAAGAAUCUGCGACCGUUCCCGAUCCGGUUACUUCGGUUGCACUGACUGAACUACAGGAACCAGAAGUGACAACUGCGACAAACACAAGUCCAGAGCAAACACAUUCUGUUCCUACGUCUACAACAACACCAACGAUUCCAACGACGGCAUUGCCAUCCUAUCCUAAUCAAAUGACUCCGGAACAAAUGCCUGGUGAACCGGUCAUUUCAACAAGUACACCCGCCACAACGAUUCCCACUAACACCGCACAGAUUCCACCUCUGCAGCAUUCCCAAAUGCACCCACAAAUUCAUCCCCAGUACGGACAAAUAGGAGCCCCAGGAAUGCCGCCAGGACAAGGCCAACCACCGCCGAUGUACGGAAUGCAUAUACCACCUGGUGCACCGAUGCUACAUGGUCCCCAUGGCCCGGGCAUGCAUGGUAUGAUGGGCUCCGAUAUGAUGAACCCAUAUCAAACACCGUACCAAUCGCAUGCUCAGGAACGAACUGCUAUCCAACAGCAGUUACAGGAUAUGUACAAACUUCCGAUGGCAGACAAUCAGGAAAAGAUCAUGCGAAUGCAGGAACGAAUCGCUAUGCUUCAACAGCAUGAAACAACCGACGGAUGUCAGGGUGGACCACAGUGUAUAAUGCAGAAUCACUCAAUGUAUUCGUCCGCAAUGAUCGAUAGUCCUCAGGUUACAAGCACAACUGGUCGCCGGGGACGAGCUCCUUCCAACAAACCGCGGAAACCUCGUUUGAAGAAAUCGGAAAAACUAGCGCAGGAAGCAGCAGCGGCUGCUGCGGCCGCAGUGACUACUCCUGUUCCUGGACAGCAACCCCCUCCGCAACAAUCUCAGAUCACAUCCGGCGAUGAAACGUCCCAAACACAGACACCCGUAACGACAUUGCCCGUUUCGGAGGAUGCGGUUACUGCCGGUACUGGCUUGUCGGAAGUUACCUCGGAAAGUUUCAAUGAAACUCUGAACGAAACUGAAUCUCAAGACAACCCCUCAAUUGGUGACUUGGAUACAUCAACCGAUGCUAGCGGUAAAAAGCUGAAGAAACCACGAAAGCCAAGGGAGCCGAAGGAGAAGAAACCUAAAGAAGUAAAAGAACCGAAAGAAAAGAAGGAACCUAAGAAGAAGGAACCGAAAGAGUCGACCAAAACGAAGAAAAAGAGCGGUAAGAAGAAUUUGAACACAUCCGAAGGGGACAACUCGAUAUCUAUGGAUAACACAAGCCAAGAUCAUGAUCAAGAUCAUUCGAAAGCGACGAGCGAGGCAGAUGAAAAUCAGACCCUGGCUUCGUUGAUGCACUCCCAGAACUCAACCGAUGCAACUGCUGCUCCAGAGAAGGAUUCCAAAGUGGAGGGUUCUAUCGAUGGCGAAGUGACUGAUUUUGACGACAUUCCGGUGUCGAAAAUUCCUAUUAAGAAUUUGCUGGAGGAGAAUGAUAAAAAAGAACACGAAAAUGGUGAAAGUACUGGUGAGGGCAUUGAGACUGAGGGAGAAACCCCCAAAAAGAAGAAGAGCAGUAAGAAAAAGGAACCAGGAAGUGGUGAGAGUAAGAAGAAAAGCUCUUCCUCUAGUACUUCCAAAAGUAAAAAAUCUUUUGGUAGCUCAAAAAGCAGCCGAACCCGUUACCGACCAAGAAUGAUGGAUGAGUCCGAUGGGGAGGGAGAUGAUUUGAUGAGCACUCCGCCACCAUCUCCUCCACCUGAUGCAGAAAUUGACAGCUCCAAGCGAAGGUCUGCACGAAACACUCAGCGCAAAAAAUACGUUGACGAUGUUAUGCUACGGUUUUCCGACGAUGAAUCGGGAAUUAUUUCACCAAUGCCAACUACCACCCGUAGGGAGAAGAAAACGGAAGCCGAUAAGAAAGAUGCCGACAGCAGCGGAGAAGGUUCGGCUGCUGUUGCACCUGCGGAAGGCGAUGGUGCUGUGGCAAGUUCAAGUACUGCUGGAGUAGAAGGUGAGGAAAAAGUGACCACUACGGACGAGAAGAUGGACGUCAGUGCCGAGUUGAAGUUGGACGAUGUUAACAAACCUAACUACGUGUAUGUGAACACCGGUGAUGAGGAUUCUAUGGUGGUACAAUACGUACUAGCCGUACGCAUGGGCAGACGAGAACUGAAACCAGAUCCACCCCCACCACCACCAAAGGAGAAAACUCCUGAACCGGUGGUAAAACCGGAAUCGGAAGAAGGUGAGGAAGGUGCCGAGAAGAAGACCGAUCUGGAAGUGGAUGCAGAACCAAAGUCAGAUGAUCAGAAUGAGAUGAGUGAAUCUACGACCGAGGAAAAAUCUGCCGACGAUGACGCAAAGAAGGAAGAAGAUGAGGAGAAUAAAGAAGCUAAGCAGGAAGAAAACGAAAAAGAAGAAGAAGAGGAGAAAUCCGAUCUAGAUGAGACAACCGAACAAGAUGAAAAGAAAACUUCUGUAAAAAUCCAAAAAUCUGAUCCAGAAAAGAGAGGAACUAAGCAAGAAGUGGAAAAAAUGGAAACAGACGAGGCUGAAGAAGAAAAAACGACAUGUGAAGUAAAUGAUUCUCAAGAGGAUACUAUAGAUGACAAACCGGAGGAAGAAGAAGAUGAAGAAGAGGCAGCAUCAAGUAAGAAGGAGGACGUAAAACAGAAGACGGAUACUACUAAAAGCGAGAAUGUUGUAGACAGUGAACCCAAGGUGAAGAUUUCCAAAGAAGCAGAAACGCCAGCGGAAAAGAAAGAACCGGUAUUCAUCGACGUCGAAGAAUAUUUCGUCAAGUAUCGUAACUUUUCCUAUCUGCACUGCGAAUGGCGAACAGAAGAUGAACUUUUCAAAGGAGACAAACGAGUUGGUAACAAAAUCAAACGUUUUCUGCAAAAGCAACAACAACACCUUAACAUAUUCGAAAGCUUGGAUGAAGAAUCUUUUAACCCGGACUUUGUAGAAGUAGAUCGAGUUUUGGAUGUUUCCGAGCAUACGGAUGAUGAUGGUAAAACGGUGAAACACUAUCUGGUUAAAUGGAAGAGUUUGCCUUACGAAGACAGCACGUGGGAACUGGAAGAUGAUGUCGAUCUUCCCAAAAUUGAUCAGUACUAUCGAUUCAACAAAAUUCCUCCCAAGAGUGAGUGGAAGACCAAGAAACGACCUCAUCCGGAUCAGUGGAAACCCCUGCCGGAGUCUCCGAUUUACAAAGGAGGAAACAGUUUGCGCCCGUAUCAGUUGGAAGGUCUGAACUGGUUACGGUACUCGUGGUACAAGGGAAACAAUUGUAUUCUGGCAGAUGAAAUGGGUCUCGGUAAAACUAUUCAGAGCUUAACGUUUGUCCAUUCCGUAUUUGAGUAUGGCAUUCGAGGACCGUUCCUUGUGAUUGCCCCGCUCUCCACAAUUCCCAACUGGCAACGUGAAUUCGAAGGUUGGACCGACAUGAAUGUGAUUGUCUACCACGGUUCAGCCACCAGCCGACAGAUGAUUCAAGAUUACGAAGUGUACUACCGUUAUGAAAACGGCAAAUAUAUCAAGGAAAUAAACAAGUUUAACGUACUUAUCACGACAUUCGAAAUGAUCGUGACUGACUAUCAGGAUCUGAAGCCGUACAACUGGAGGGGUUGUGUCAUUGACGAAGCCCAUCGAUUGAAAAAUCGAAACUGUAAACUACUGGAAGGACUUCGGCAACUUAAUCUAGAACAUAGGGUUUUACUUUCGGGAACUCCACUGCAGAACAACGUUAACGAGUUGUUCUCGUUGCUGAAUUUCCUUGAGCCUAGUCAGUUCUCCUCGAACGACGAGUUCCUGCGAGAAUUCGGAAGUUUGAAGACUGAAAGUGAAGUGCUCAAGUUACAGGCGUUGUUGAAGCCAAUGAUGCUCAGACGAUUGAAGGACGACGUGGAAAAGUCUCUGGCUCCGAAGGAGGAAACUAUUGUUGAAGUGGAACUUACCAACAUCCAGAAAAAGUAUUAUCGUGGUAUUUUGGAGCAAAACUUUUCAUUCCUGAUGAAAGGAACAACGUCCGCUAAUAUACCGAACCUUAUGAAUACGAUGAUGGAACUGCGUAAAUGCUGUAUCCAUCCAUACUUGCUUAAUGGAGCUGAAGAUCAAAUUCAGUACGAUUAUAGGCAACAGCAUGGUGAGGACGCGGAAGCGUACUACAAAAAUUUGAUCGUGUCUUCGGGUAAAAUGGUUCUGAUUGACAAACUUCUACCGAAACUGAAGGCCAAUGGACAUCGUGUACUGAUUUUCAGUCAAAUGGUUCGUUGUUUAGAUAUCCUAGAGGAUUAUCUUAUUUACAGAAAAUAUCCAUUUGAACGUAUCGAUGGGCGUAUUCGGGGAAAUCUUCGUCAGGCAGCCAUCGAUCGUUAUUCGAAGCCAGAUUCGGAUCGAUUUGUGUUUCUAUUGUGUACGAAAGCUGGUGGUUUGGGUAUUAAUUUAACAGCCGCUGACACUGUCAUCAUUUACGACAGUGAUUGGAAUCCACAGAAUGAUUUACAAGCUCAAGCUCGUUGCCAUCGUAUCGGGCAGCAGAAAAUGGUGAAGAUUUAUCGAUUGCUUUGUCGUAACACAUACGAGCGAGAGAUGUUCGACAAGGCUUCGUUGAAGUUGGGCUUGGAUAAGGCUAUUUUGCAGAGCAUGAAUACAUCACAAGGAAAGGAAGGAACCAACAAGCAGCUGUCGAAAAAAGAAAUCGAGGACUUGCUGAAGAAAGGAGCGUACGGUGCAGUUAUGGACGAUGAUGCCGGUGAUAAGUUCUGUGAAGAGGACAUUGAUUCGAUUUUGCUUCGUCGCACACAGAUUAUUACGAUGGAAAGUGAGAAGGGAUCAACUUUUUCCAAAGCAUCAUUUGCUGCCGCGGCUAACCGUAGUGACAUCAAUAUAGAUGAUCCAGAUUUUUGGAACAAAUGGGCCAAACGGGCUGAAAUAGAUCCAGCGGCUUGCGAAAAGGACGAGACGGAGGAUUUGGUUAUUGCGGAACCGAGGAAGCGUACUCAGAUUAAACGAUAUGGCCACGACGACGGCGUUAUGGAUAUGUCUGAUGAAUCCUCUGGUGAGCAUGGCAGUGAAAAUGAAGAAGGAGGUAUGGGAUUGAAAACUAGAAGUAAACGAAAUCGUGGAAAGGAUAACAAGAACAAGAAGCAGCAAGUCGAGCGGGAUGACUACAUACCACGAGAUCGGGAUACACUCGCAGCGCUCGGUUUCGACGAAGUUCAGUAUGGGAAUUGGGCUCGAUCUGAGUGCUUCAAGGUUGAGAAAGGACUGUUGUCCCAUGGAUGGGCCCGCUGGACCGAGAUUCUGGAACAAGGACAAUUUAAACGAGGCUGGAGAGAACAAGAUGUCGAAGAUUGUGCACGUGUCAUUCUCCUAUACUGUCUGGAUCGCUACCAGGGCGAUGAAAAAAUUAAAAAUUUCAUAUGGGAUCUAAUAGCACCGUCGGAAGGUGGCGAACAACGUGAGAUUGCACGCAACCACAGUGGUCUGCACAAUUUGGUUCCCAGAGGAAGGAACGCUAAAGGUCGUAAAUCAACCAAUCCAGCUUCGGCUUCUGCAACGCCUCGGCGUGAAGGAAGCAUUACGGAAGUUAAUGAAGAUGCUUCGUCAAACUCUUCAGGAACACCGAAGGAAGUGAAGACUACUAAAUCCGGUUCAGAUACUGGUGGUUCUAAUACACCAACCAGUGAUCCUCAUCACUGGAGCAAGGACGAGAAGUACGACGCAGAUAACUUACUGGACAUUAACUACAAGAAACAUCUGACGAGACAUGCUAACAAAGUGUUACUGCGCGUCCGAAUGUUGUACUACAUCAGACACGAGGUCCUUGGUGACUUGGUGACGCAGAUUCACGAAGGUGCCAAUGCGAGCGAUCUCCCAAUUCGUCCACCGCCGACGCCCGACCAGCUGCCGUGCUCAUGGUGGAAUCCUAAUUGUUGCGAUCGCAGCCUGUUAGUCGGCACUUACAAACAUGGCUGCGAAAACUACCGUGUGAUGCGAGCGGAUCCAAUGCUUUGCUUCCAGAUUCACUGUGGUCCUGGCGACGGAGCCGUCGAGGAGACAACGAUUGUCAAAGAAACUGAUGACGAUGCUAACUCAAAGCAAGGUGACAAUGAGGACGAUCCAGAGGACGGUCCAUCGGAGGCCCGUUCCUCGUCCGCUGGUGUUGAUUCGAAAGAUGAUGAUGAAGAAUCCACAGCUGGCACCACGCCCAGUGCCGCUCCGACACCGGCCCCUUCCGAUACCAAUCCGGAACUGAUAUGGCCCACUAUGCAAGAUCUCAACACAAGGCUGCGGCGGGUUAUCACCUCCUACCAGCGAAAUUACAAGAAGGAAGAACUGAAGCAGCAGCAAAAGGCGAAGCUCCAAGCAAUCGUUCCACCGGUUUCGGCCCUUGGCGGCCAAUCGUCGUCAUCGCCAUCGACACCGUCGACCACACCCGGACCGAUUCUAAGCGGUAGCAUGACGCCGCAACAUCAGCAGCAGCAACAGCCUGGUCAGCUGGGUGUACAGCAGCAGCAGCAGCAGGGCGGUAUCAGCAUGUCCGGACUCGGCAUGGGCAACGCUUCUACGUCGUACGCCGGCACUAGCGGACUGAGUAAAAGCCAACAGCAGCAAGCAUCGGCCGGAGCUACCCCAACCGGGGGCAUGCCGACGGCUGCCGAUUUCAGUCUCAUGUUGAGCUUGGGUCUGGGCCUCAAUCCGGCCGAUGCUUCGCAGCUGGCCAAUCUCGAUCUGCAGAAGUUGGCCAUGUACUUGAAAAUGGAACGACGCGAAAAGACUGAGCAGGUUAUGCGCGAACGAGAACGUGUCCGCCUGGAACAGAUCCCUAAAAGGUGGACUCGACGUGAAGAGAACGAGUUUAUUCGUGUUCUCACUGGAUAUGGAAUCGAUCUGAUACCGAAUACAACCGUUCCAACGCCUGAUUGGUCGAGGUUCAAAGCAUUUGCCAAGCUGGACAAGAAAACCGACGAAAAUUUAAGCGACUUCUACAAGGUGUUUAUUGCGAUGUGCAAACGCCAGGCCGGUGUCAAACUGAACGACGACGAGAAGAUUCUGGAAGGGCUGGUAGAUGACGUUACCGAGGAUCACGCCAAGCUGAUUCUCGAUCGUCUGGAACUUCUUUCAAAGGCCCGUGAAAUAAUCAAACAUCCGAAACUGGAAGAGAAUAUCAAACUGUGUGAGAACAAUCUGGACACUCCGGAUUGGUGGAUUUCCGGUAAACACGACAGAGAACUGCUACGGGCGGUGCUGAAAUAUGGUAUCUACCGAUCGGAACAGCUGAUUCUGGCCGAUCCGGAAUUUCCCUUUUACGAGUCUGCUAAAAAGUACCUGCAACAUUUGGAAAUUCAGAUCCAACUACAAAAUCAGCAGCUAAUGAAGAUGCAGGCUGCCAAAGAGGAAGCGGCUGAGAAAGCCGAACUUGCGGUGAAACUCGAACAGGGCGAUGAUUCUACUGUUAAAAUUGAGAAGUUGUCUGUAAAGAAAGAAUCCGCAGCAAUCGAUGAGCUUGAUAGAGAUAAGUUGGACACGGGAAGGGCAAAUGAAGAGGGAGUUUUGGUGAAAGAAGAAUCUGUUAAAAUGGAAGGUGUAGAACUCAAAAGCGAACCUGAGAAGACGGAUGAAGCAGAAGGAGAAGUUAAACCGGAGCGUAAAGAGGAUGGUUCGGAUGAGGAUAAACAUAGAAUGGAAAUAGAUCAGGAUGCUGAAAAGGCUUCAGCUGAAACUACAGAUGAUGUAGAUGAGAAUGCUUUAAAGAUUUGCGAAGAAUCCAAGAGAACGGAUGAGGAUGGUGGCGUAUCUAUGGAGGUGGAUAGUGAAAAUAAGCCUGACGAGGAAGCAGUUGAACAAGAUAUUGCUAAGCCAGAAGAGGGAAACAAGUCCACAGAAGCUUCGGGAAUAGAAGAGAAACAAACAACUGGCGUCGAAGAAAAGGAUACAACUCUUACCAGCAAGGAUGAAUUGGAAUCUUCCAAGAAAUCCGAGGUAGAUCGUGAUUCUUCCCCAGACCUAAUUAUCCUGGACGAACAGAAGAUUGCGGAUGUGAAACCAAAAUCUCUGAGUGAAGAAGAGAAAUGUUCGAAACAAGCGGCGGAGCUCAAAGCCCGCUUCCCCGAUCUUGAAGUUUUCCAGCCCCUUAUGAAGCUGAAGCAAUUGGACAACAGUGUUUCUAAAGAGGAUUUCAAAAAUAUAAGCAAAUUCGCCAGCAUGAUCGAUACAUCGAUGAUCGUCAAGUGGUUCCGCGAUUUCGCUCUAGAGCGCCGAGUGGGCCACAUCAUCUAUUGCAUUGAACACGGCGAAUGGCCAGUCGGCAAAUCAUACUCUGCCUACACUGGCUGUUUGGGAAUUGAUUUGGACAUUCCCUUGCACGAGACAAUUAAACGCAUCAUUCCGAUGGACGGAGAUCCGCGGCGAUCGACGUCAAGCACACCGGACGUGAUUACGAUCACGACCGAUCACGCCGGUGCUAAGCAGAUCAGCCAGGCAGCCAUGUCCGCUCAGACGGCGGCUGCUGCAGUGGCUGCUCUGAACGCCGUCGGUCUCGGGGGUAGUGGGUCAGGGAUGAGCGGAACGCAAGGCUUGACUCAGAAUCAGAUGGCUGCUGCAGCUGCUGCGGCCGCGGCUGCAGCUGCCGGUGUUUCGCUCUCUUCAAGUAAGAAACGCAAGAGACACAUUGCUAUUGAUGUUGAAACUGAAAGGGCCAAAUUGCAUGCUUUGUUGAAUAAUACUCAGAGUCCAGUGGCAACAUCAAGUCCAAAAGCGCAAACAUCUUCCCUGCAGUCAGCCAGUAACCUAUCGUGGAACGAAGACGAGAUUGUCGAUGCACGCCGAAGCACUUCUAGUUCCACCUCUAAUUCGUUACAGCCACCGCCAGCCCAUCAGCAUGGUGCGCGCAAUCAAAUGUCCUAUACGAAACCGACCCUUAUUCCAGGCACUUCCAGCACCCUAACGCCAAUCGAUUUGUCAGCCAGCUACAGCCUACCGAAGGUCAACAUGGCUGACAUAUUAAAGAGCCCGAUGGAUCUAAGCGAAGUGCAGGACUUUUCAAUCGGAAAGAAAAACAAAGGUAUGGACCCUGGACGAGGUCUAUCGGGUACCAGUAUCAGUAUUACGAGUGCUGUCGGAGGAAACAGUUCAAUGCCAUCUCCAUCAGCAGCGGUAGCAGCUGCUGCGGCAGCCGGCAAAGGUAAACUCAACGAUAUGCUGUCAAAACUAAUGAAGAAAAACAAUGUCAGUGUUCCGAUCGAGGAACCUCAGCUGGGAAAGGAAAAGAAACGAAGGAAGUUAGAUGAAAUAGUACUGGGCUUAUCUGCUGCGAAGGAGCAAAAGUCAAUCUUUGGGGAUCCGACCCCUCCGGGAGGCAGUUUCUCUGGUAGUUCGAUGAAGAAGCCACAGAUUCCACCCAGCGUGUCUGUUACACCAGCCAGUGCUCCGUCUUCUGUCAGUCAGCAGCCACCACAGAAACCGUUCACUAUUACGGUUACCAGCGUCCCGGGUACGUCAAAGAGUGGUCAGAGUUCAUCAAGUUCUAGCUCUGCUACUGGACUGGCCGCCUUGCAGAACAUGUCCGGUAUGGGAGCUCUCACAUCCAAGGACAGUUUGAGUGCCUUGUUUGCACAGGCAGAACAGGCAGCGUAUCUGAAGCAGCAACAGAAGCUCAUACAAACGUUGCCAGCUAAUUCUCCCCAACGAAAAGCUUACGAAGCUAUGCUAGCUGAUAUGAAACAAGCGGCUGAAUUAAGUUCGAAACUAGGUCAGUACGGUUCAUCUCAUGAUGCGAAGGUCAAUAAGUGGCUUGCAGAGCAGACUGCUGCUCUGACGGAACAUGCCAUGAGUCUAGAUUACCUUUCACGAUCGUCAAGGCGCUCAUCUUCAUCCACCUCGCAGUCUCAAGCAACGACAUCGACUUCCUCUAGGGCGACGAGAAACUCCAAUACUCUCCAGCAGCAACAACAACAGCAUCAUCAUGCUCAGCAAUUGCAGCAGCAGCAACAGCAACAACAACAACAGCAACAACAACAGCAGCAACAGCAACAACAACAACAGCAGCAGCAACAACAACAACAGCAGCAACAACAACAGCAAGCGGAUAGUAAAUCGGCCGCAUUUAAUUGGAACAAUUUGACCGGCGAAGAAUACGUAUCAGUUAUCAACAAGAUCAACGGUAAACGAUUGACCGGUAACAAAGCACCCCAGCUAAAACGACUAACCCAGUGGUUGACGGACAACCCGGCCUAUGAGAUCGAUCCCAAGUGGGCUGAAUCUAUUACUUUGCCGGGACAAUCAUCGAAACAAUCGGACUCGGGUAGUCCAUCGUCGGCUUCUUCGAAACAGAUGCGCUCCUCGGUAUCCGCUUCCUCAUCUAUGGCGGCUUCCCAGAGUGGCUUAGCUAACCAGUAUGGCAGUAGUAGCAGUAGUGGUGGCCAGCAGUCUUCCUCGACACCGUCGAAGAAGCAUAGUAGCAGUAGCAGCAGUGCGGCCAAUAUGCAAUUCCCUGGUCUUGCUGGACUAAACCCGAAUCUGUUGUCCAGCCUUUCUGGGCUAGGAAAUUUCGAUCCGAAGAACAAUCCGUUGCUAAUGCCGUUUGGUGGAAUGCCUGGAUUGGCGGGCUUAGGUGGACUGGGAAAUCUAAACAACAUGAGUUUGUUCGCCAGUUUAGCUGGUCUUCCUGGUCUUUCCGGAAUGGACGCACAAAGUCUGGCAGCAAUGAUGGCAGCGGCUGGGUUAGAUCCGUCAGCUGCUUUGGCAGCGGCAACAGGUGGUACCCCAACGAAAAGUGGUGGCGGUAAUGCUGGCAAGUCGAGAAAAUCAGCAAAUGAAUCGGGUGGUAACUCGUCAUCACAGCAGAGCUCAAGCAAGACUGCAAAUCAGCAGCAGGCAGCCGCUGCCGCUGCAGCAGCUGCGGCUGCCAAUAGCCAAUUCCCAUUCUUUUUCCCCAAUCCAAGCCUGCUGUACACGCCGCUCGGUUUGGGAGGUCUUAAUCCGUACGGAAUUCCUGGUGCCGGUUUAGGAACAAGUGGUGUUACGACAAGCACUUCUUCGUCUACCACCACCUCGAGACAGUCCCAGUCUAAACAGAGCAGUUCGCGCGGCAUGAGUGGAGGAAGCCAACAAUCAUCAGCUUCACCCAGCAGUAAAUCAAAUAGAAAUUCUAGUUUAUCAAGUCAACAAGCAGCAGCACAGCAAGCCGCUUUAGAAGCUGCACAGUUACAGCAACUACUAUUACCACACGACAAACACCUACUGGACUCGUUGACUCGGUCCGCUGGAUUAGACAUCACUCAGAGUUUGAGAGGUAGCGGUUCAAACUCUUCUGAUAAACGAGCUCGGGAAAGUGCAGCUGCUCAGCAAGCCAAUAAACAGGCUUUUGAAAAAAUUGAACGCGAAAGAAGGAAACUGCUCGAACAGUUACAGCAGGGUGCUUUUCCAUCAGAACUAGCAGCUAUACAAGCCUUUACUACCGGCAAAAUGCCCGGAAUGUCAUCCGCUUCCUCUUCUGGGCAUGGAUCAUCGUCGAAGAGUAGCAGUAGUAGCAGUGCAGCAGCAGCUGCAAAUGCUUCAGCAGCUGCUGCUGCGGCGGCGGCUGCCAUGAGCGCUAAAGACCUGCAACUGCCACUACCACCAGAGUUUAGUCAGGCCUUACUUGCCGAAAUGACUGCACAUGCUCUUUCCGCAAAUGCAGCAGCCGGAGCAAGCUCGUCAUCGUCUUCUUCGACGUCGAAAAAAUCUCGUGAACAGGAGCUUAAAGAAGCAUUCGAUCAGCUUAGUAAAAAUCCGAUAGAACUACUGGCACGAAGUUUAGGUGUGGGUCCAGCGAUCUCCCUGAUUCCAACAUCUUCGUCAUCGACCUCAUCAACACCAGACUCAAAGAGAACUUCGUCCUCUUCCCGACAUGACCUUCAACAGCAGCAGGCGCAACAACUGCAACAUCACCUGUCCAAAUUGGACCCAAAAACGCUGAUGUUGGGAGCCUCUCAGCAAGAAGAAAUGAAAAGCCCUAGAACGAGAUCGUCUACCGAUUCUUUGGCCAGUUUGGAUAAAGUCACAUUGACCCCAGUGGCAGCUUCAAGCAUAGCUGCAUCUUUGCCGUCGCAAACAACAAUAUCUUUGGCUUCGCCAAUUGGAAUGCCGGCUGCUUCAUCGAGCGGUUCACUAAAUCUUAGCGCUAAGAGCCCGGCAUUGUCCACGUCUUCAACUAGCAGUAUCGGUGAGCGAGAACGGGAACGAGACCGGGAGAGAGAUCGUAGCGAAAGAGUUGAGCGACAGGAACGAUUAGAACGUACAGAGCGUGCAGAACGAAGUGAAAGAAGCCUUCGAUCGUCAGAUAUGGCAGCAGACUUAAGCCGAAGCUCAUCGAGUUCGGUUUCUGCUACGGUAACGGCAACUGUCGUUUCUACUUCCGCUCCUCAGAAUCUCUCAACCUCUACACCAUCGCCCAGUUCGGUAGCACCAUCGGCCUCCGUAACUGUGGUAGAUACCACUCACAAUCAAGAGAUGGACCUAGAAGAUUUGAUAGCACCAUCGAAACUGUCCAAAUCGGGUAACGUUCUAAGCGACGAAGAUGACCCUCAAAAACAGAUUAUGCUACUAAAGCAGAAACAAAAACUGCUACAGCAAGAGCAGAUGAAAAAAUUACAGGAGGCACAGGAAGCUCAGCGAUUACUUGAACAACAGAGAAUAGCCGAGCAGAAAAAACUCUUGGAAGAACAACAACAGCAGCAGCAACAGUUGGAGCACGAACAGGAACAAGCCCAAGCGCGCGAGUUGCGACAUAAACGACGUAGAGAACGGGAAGACUCGGAGCGUGAAAGCAAACGGCAAGAACUCGAACGAGCAGCUGCUAGUCAAAGCGAAUCCGUUCAUCGCCAGGACCUUGCCGAACGGCAAGAACUACCAGAAGCAGAGCAAGCUGGAUUAGCUGCCAGUGCGUAUCAACUUCACGAACAUGACUUAUCGCGGCAGGAAGAUGAGAGUGAUCAUCAUCUCCACCAAGUGCAACAACAGCACGAACAACAACUAGAAGAACUCGAACGACACGAACGACGAGCCUCACGGCGAAGUCAUCAUACUAGCGAACAGCAGCAGCAUAUCCAGCAAGAAGAUUCGAGUAAAUCCGAUUUGGAAAAGACACCGGAGUCAUCGGUAGCAGCACCGAUGCGGAAAUCAACCCGUUCUAGCACGGACGCAGCCAAUUCAUCGGGUGGUGAAUCAAAUAGUGCACCGCCGACAACACCCUCCACGGGUGGGGGAGGCCGCAGAACUACUCGGUCCAAGAGACGUCGCAGCGGAGAUGAGCAUGAAUCAUCGUCGCUAGGUAUGCCGGAGCGGAAACGAGAGCUACGUUCCAGUGCCGGACGACAGGCGGCAGCUGCGGCGGCUCGAAUGGCAGCGGAAGCCAAAGCGGCCGCAGCCGCAGCUGCAGCAGCUGCUGCCGCUCAGUCAUCCUCCGAAGGGUCACUCAAUUUGUCCAAGGAUCACGAACACUCCGAUAGGGACGAAUCGCAACCGAUUUGACUAAAAAUGAGUAAAUGACGCUUAUAAGUUUAGGUUGAAAGUUACAUUUUUCGUUUUGCGUGUAGCAGUUUUAGGCGGUUGAUAUUAGGAAAGCUAUGCAUAGAAAAUGAGCACCCAACGGGGGCGGAAAGCGAAGUAAAUUAUACGUUAAGAAGACCGAUUAGUGGUAGCGCAAGGAUACAAAAAAAAAUCAAGAAAAACAAAUCAAUUCAGAACCAAGAAUUUUUUAACUUGCUGAAACUGGUUUGCCCUAAAGAGGUGCUUUUGAGGGCGAUCUGAUGUUUAUUGCUGUGCUGUGGAACAUCAGUGGGGGAUCGCUUUCAAGACCAAAUCUCUUGUCGGUGAGUUUUAACAGGUUCAAAAAUUUUUGAGUUCUUUGAAGAAAAAAGAUCUAUUAAAACAACGCUGUUAUAUGUGUACUAUAAUCCCUUGUCUUAGAAGUAGAUAUGAUAGACUACCACUGAAGUUAAGGAUACAGUCUAAGUUGUGUAAAUUGAAUAAUUGUCGGAUUAGUAGAGAAAAUUCGCGACAUUGUUUUUUAUCAGUUUCUAUAAUAAUAAUUGUAAGUAAUUGCAAAAACUAUUGUACUAUCAGUAGAAGUAGACAUUGCUAAAUCACGAUCAGCCCUUUUUAUGUUGAAGCACUAUCCGCUCUGGAUACAGCUCUGCUGCAGAGGCAACGGUCGUUGCUGGGUGUGUGAUUCAUUAGGUAUAGAGAUCUAUACAUACAAAAUUAACACUAGAUAUCAAAACUUGUGGGCAAAUGUUUAGCGUAUCUAAAUAGCAUCUAAAACUAAAUCAAACUAUCUAAUUUAUUCUCAGUUUUUCGUCAUUAGAAACAACAUGUACAUAGUAAAAGAUAUUUUUAAAGGAUAGACUCUCACUAGCAAUCGGCCAAUAUCGGUGGACAAUGGAAAAUCCUAAUAAAGAAAGAUAAUAAACACGAAGAAAAAAAAAUGCAAACAAAGUAAA